GCAGCAGGCAGACAUCUUUACUUCCAGGAAGAAUGGUUGGGACACAUGGUCUGGAUGCAGGUGUACACCCAGCAGGUGGUCUGCUCAGAUUUAUAACCUCUGACACCCAUGACCUGUCCCUUACUCUUGAUUGACGCUCAGGCGCACAGUCUUUCACGAUUGGCUAAUACAAAGGGAGGGUUGGGCUCUGCUGUUUCAAGAUGGGGGCCCCCAGGGGAGCUGUAAGUCAUGCAGCCAACAUGGCAGCUGCCAAGCCACACAGUCCAACAUGGCGGCCUUCUCAACUGUUCUUUGACAGAAAAGCUGAUUUGUUUCUUCUCAUACAGGGCUGGGUGACCUUUGAGGACGUGGCCGUGUACUUCUCCCCCGAGGAGUGGGAGCUCCUUGAUGAGGCUCAGAGACGCCUGUACCACGAUGUGAUGCUGGAGAACUUGGCCCUGAUGGCCUCCCUGGGUAAGGCUUUCAAACUUCCCCCAUGCCCUGGGCAGGAGUGUCUGCCCUUCCCUUUCCCCCCGGAGCCAGUCUGUCCUCACACCAGGAUCAAGGCACGGUUUUCUUCCCCAGGUCCCUGGGUGGGUGCUGUGCUUACACCCCUGGAUGGAGACAUUUUGCACUUCACUGGGCACCGUAGGCAGACCCUGUAUAAGACAGGGGCCUGUGAGAAACAGUUGGAUGUUAGCGUGGAACUUGAGCAUCAGAAGCAGCACACGGGAGAGAUGUGCUUCAGAGGCUGCAUGGAUAGAGCCUUCUUUGGAAAGGACUGCAGAUUCUGUGUGUCAGGGCAGCCCGAUUCCUGUGAGGCGGUUGUGAGGGACUUCAUGGCCAGCUCAAGAUUCCUCCAGCAUCAGACCGCACACACCAGGGAGAAGUCAAACCAGGGAACGGAGUGCGGAACAGCCUCUCAUAAGGAAAGAACUCUGUCUGACUCAGAAUACACUAAAGAUUUUAAUUGCAAACGCAAGCUUGUUCAAGACCAGAGAGUCCUCAUCCAAGAAACAUGCCACGUGAGCAAUGAAUGUGGAAAAUCUUACAGCAAAAGCUAUAGUCUGAAUGACCAUUGGAGAGUUCACACUGGGGAAAAGCCUUAUGAGUGCGGGGAAUGUGGGAAGUCCUUUAGGCAGAGCUCUAGCCUCAUUCAACACCAGAGAGUUCACGCCAGAGUGGAGCCUCACAAGUGUGAGUUGUGUGGAAAAUUAUUUAGCAACAAGUCCAACCUCAUUAAACAUCAAAGAGUUCACACUGGAGAAAGGCCUUAUGAGUGUGGGGAAUGUGGGAAGUCCUUUAGCCAAAGCUCCGCACUUCUUCAACACCGGAGUGUUCACACAGGGGAAAAGCCAUAUGAGUGCAGUGAAUGUGGGAAGUUCUUUACCUACAACUCCAGUCUCAUAAAACACCAGAGAGUUCACUCUGGGUCCAGGCCCUAUGCCUGCAGUGAAUGUGGAAAAUCCUUUACCCUAAAGUCUCGCCUGAUUGAUCACUCCAGAGUUCAUAGUGGAGAAAAGCCUUUUAAGUGCAGCGAAUGCGGGAAAUGUUUUAGCCAAAGCUCUGUGCUUCUUGAGCAUCAGAGAAUUCACACUGGAGAAAGGCCUUAUGAGUGCAGUGAAUGUGGGAAAUUCUUUACUCACAAUUCUAGUUUCUUAAAACACCAGAGAGUUCACACAGGGGAAAGGCCUUAUGAGUGCAGUGAAUGUGGGAAAUGCUUUACUUACAGCUAUACACUCAUCAAACACAGGAGAAUUCACACGGGAGAAAGGCCUUAUGAGUGUAGCCAAUGUCCUGCAGUGGAGCUGUGGGCCCUGAGGUCCUGA